AUGAGCUCCAGCAGAGACAACAAGCAGCACUUUGCUCUAUACUUUUUGGGAUCUAUAACACCCAUUGGUUUCUUUUUAAACGCUUUUGCACUUUGGGUUUUUUUUCGUCGCCACAACCUCCGAUCUCCAAAUGUGAUUUUUAUGGUCAAUCUUGCUGUUUCGGACCUGGUCCUUGUCUGCUCUCUUGCUUUGAGAGUGCAUUAUUAUGCCACAUCUUCUUGGCUUUUGGGGUGCCAAAUGUCCAAAUGUCUCUUCUCGGUCAACUUCUACUCCAGUUCAGUCUUCAUCACCUUCAUAAGUGUGGACAGACUCUUGGCCAUUGUCUACCCUCUAAGAUCACGACAUCUACGGACUGCCUGCAAUGCUACUAAAGCUGCUGUGACUGUUUGGCUGUUUGUGAUAAUCCUAACUGUCCCUCAACAUAUAAUAUUGGAAACAUAUAAGAAACAACAGAAUCAGUCUAUUUGUUUCAAGAGUCUUAAUCAUACAAAUCACACUCAGCUGGAAGUAGAAACGUUUUAUGGGAGUUUUAAAUUUACUCUUGUGCUAAUUCUUCUAAUAAUCAACAUUGUAUCCACCUUUUUGGUCUCUUUGACUCUCCAUAGAAAUAGGAAUGUCUUGGCCGAGAUCAAUAACAAAGUCAAUGUGAUGCUUCUGUUCAUAAUGAGUCUGGUAAUGUUCAUUGUGUGUUUUGUGCCUGGAGCCAUCAGGUUUUUUUUUUCGUCAAAACGCCUUCAUAUGAAAUGUUUUGCAGCGGUAAACUGCUGUCUUGAUCCAGUGCUUUAUUACUUCUCUUUAGAUUCUUUCUGGAAGAAGAAACACGAAAGGAACGAAAUGAGACCAAGCAAUGUUAUUUAGAGAUAACUCUGGAUUUCAGCAUCUGAAAAUGACUGUGUGCCCAACACAGUUCUGUACAAAAAAGUAAGAUUUUUGAGAAAAGUUAAAUUUCUUCCAAAUUUAGAUUGACUUUUACAUGUGACAUUGGUCUGUCUUUUUUAUCUGUUGUCCGUACCUCAAGCUUUGUAAAAAUGUGCUG